AUCUGGAUCUCGCCGGCCAGCUUCCGGUCAAUACAAAGAUCAGCUUCCGCCCCAUCACGGCUUUUUCCGAAAUCCAUCCUGGCUGUCAAUCAUGAGGAAAGUGUUGAUUGCUAACCGUGGCGAGAUCGCCGUGCGCAUCAUCCGCGCCUGCCAGGAUACUGGCCUUUCAUCUGUCGCGGUCUAUUCCGAUCCAGACGUUGAUGCGCUUUUUGUGCGACUGGCAGACGAGGCAUAUGGGCUUUCUGGCUCCCGUCCAGCGGACACCUAUCUAGACAUCGACAAGCUGAUCGCCAUUGCAAAGCGCUCUGGAUCGGACGCCAUUCAUCCCGGCUAUGGGUUUCUCUCUGAACAUGCGGAAUUCGCACGAGCUGUUCUGGACCAUGGCUUGGUCUGGAUUGGACCAGACCCCCAGGUAAUCGAAGUCCUUGGUGAUAAGGUCACAGCCCGCCACGUGGCUUUGGGUGUAGGAGCCCCUCUUGUCCCGGGCAGCAAUGGACCAGUGUCCAAUGGAUCAGAGGCGAUGGCUUUUGCCCGCCAGUAUGGCCUCCCGGUUGCGAUCAAGGCGGCACACGGCGGGGGUGGACGAGGCAUGAAGGUGGCAUGGAGGAUGGACGAGGUAGAGGAACUGUAUCAAUCCGCCGUGCGUGAAGCAACAGCAGCCUUUGGACGUGGAGAAUGUUUUGUCGAACGCUUUCUCGACCGGCCCCGGCACAUCGAAGCCCAGGUGCUGGCUGACAGGCACAACAAUGUCGUUGUUCUGGGAACCCGCGAUUGCUCGCUUCAACGACGAUACCAGAAACUGAUUGAAGAAGCCCCUGCACCAUUCCUUUCCCCAGAACAGCGGCAAAAGAUCCACGAUGCCGCCAGAUCCAUCUGCCUCGCAGCCGGUUAUUCAGGAGCUGGCACAGUUGAGUUCCUUCUCGGUGGGGAUGGCACCAUAUCGUUCCUGGAAGUCAACACUCGUCUUCAGGUUGAGCAUCCCGUGACGGAAGAAACGACCGGCAUGGAUCUUGUCGUGGAGCAAUUCCGCAUCGCCGAUGGUCUGCCACUCUCCAUCACCGAAACACCCACCCCACGCGGCCACUCGCUGGAAUUCCGCAUCAACGCCGAAGACCCUGGCCGGGGGUUUUUGCCCACUCCCGGGAAAAUCACUGCCUUCCAGCCACCCUCGGGCCCUGGCGUCCGGUUAGAUAGCGGCGUUGUCAGUGGUUCCAACGUGCCUGGAGUCUACGAUUCCCUGCUGGCAAAGCUGAUUAUCUGGGGCGGCACCCGGGAACAAGCCCUUGCUCGCGCUCGCCGUGCUCUGAACGAAUUUCGCAUCGAUGGAGUGAGCACUGUUCUGCCCUUUCACCGUGCAGCCCUGGAGACACUGGAUUUCAUUGGCACUGAGGGCUUCAAAGUUCACACGCGAUGGAUCGAGACCGACUUUUUGUCUAUGCCAGAGGCCGCAGCACGGCCUCUCCCAGCCACAGAUCCUUCGUUGAUUCGUACGCAUCUGGAAAUCGAUGGCAAACUGGUGUCUGUUGGUCUACCGAGUCUUCUGCUGGGUGCUCUUUCCGGCGCAGGCAACAACGUCGUGUCGACAGCUCGGACAGAGAAGCGAGACAAGGCGGAUAAUAUCUCGGCGCCAGUGUCAGGGAUACUUCAAGCAUUCAAGGUUGAAGAUGGAGCGUCAGUAGUGGAGGGUGAUUUACUGGCAGUCAUGGAAGCGAUGAAGAUGGAAACUCAAGUCGUCGCCCCAAAGGCUGGGACUGUACGGCUUCUUGCGACGGCAGGCGAUUAUCUCGAUGCUGGUGCGGCAUUGAUUGUAUAUAAAGCAUAGAAUACCCAGUUCUAAUAAUUCUGCUACAUAUAUCCCAGUGGGAU